ACCAUUUCAAAGGCCCAGUGGCAUUGUCGUAAAUUCAUGCAACAUUGAAACCCUAGGUCGAUUCCGUUCCUUCUAUAAAAAUCCAGCGAGGGCGCAACAUUUGUUAUCUUCUCGUGGUGGCAGCCGCGCUUCAUACUCUUCCAGGAUGUCGAAGCGAGGUCGCGGAGGAACGGCGGGGAACAAGUUCCGGAUGUCUCUGGGUCUACCAGUGGCGGCGACGGUGAACUGCGCUGAUAACACCGGAGCGAAGAACCUCUACAUCAUUUCUGUGAAGGGGAUCAAGGGCCGCCUUAACCGUUUGCCUUCUGCCUGCGUCGGGGACAUGGUUAUGGCUACCGUCAAGAAGGGGAAGCCUGAUCUUCGGAAAAAGGUCAUGCCUGCUGUCAUUGUUCGUCAGCGGAAGCCGUGGCGCCGAAAGGACGGCGUAUACAUGUACUUCGAAGACAAUGCGGGAGUGAUUGUUAAUCCAAAGGGUGAAAUGAAAGGAUCUGCAAUCACUGGACCAAUUGGCAAGGAAUGCGCAGACCUGUGGCCAAGGAUUGCAAGUGCAGCAAAUGCAAUUGUGUAAUUUGCUUAAGUUCAACCGCUGAGUUUUUAAUGUUCACUUUUCAGACAUUGGUUAGGCACCAAGGUUCUUUAGAUUACUUGUUGAGUAGUUUUUAUUUUGAAAAACCCGUGGAAUGUUUCCAUGUAGUGCUGAUUCUACCAUUUUGGAUUUUGAACUCAAUACUCUUUUUGGUGGUUCGUGAA